UCUUUGCAGUAGUUUUCUUUGGUUUUUAUAUAUAGUGCAACUGAAUCGCUUGACUAAGAAGACUUCUCUGAGUUGUUUCUUUUCCUUUAUUUUGUACGAUCUGAUCUGAAAGCUUAACUUCUGAUUUAGUCCUAUAUUUUUGUGAUAUUACUUGACUUGAGUCGUGUCUUUGCCAUAUUUCUGAUGAUCUUUGACCGUUGAUUUGCUCCUAUACUUUCUAUGAUCUUAGCUGAAGUUCAGUUCACUUAGUCCUACCAAAAAUUCUAAUCAUGUCAAGCUUCAAUCUUCAUUAUAAUUCUUCUUGCUUGUUGCAACAACCCUAUUUUAGAUUGAUCCAACCCCUAAGUUAUUUACUCAAAUAUUUCAGGCAUCAUGCUAGUGUUUGUUUGGCAAAUGAGAGUUAGAGAAUAAAUAGUAAAUUUAGGAUGCAAAGCAAUAUGCAUGAUGUCAUUGAGAUGACCAUCUCAUUAUUGGAGUGUAUUAAGGGUUUGGUUCCAAUACCACUUAAAAUGUCUCUACCAUCAAUGAUUAUAAAGCUCACUUUGGGUUUGCUCUGGUGCAUCAUCCACUUAGCAAUCAGCCUUUUAAGCUUAUGUUCUCAUCUGAUUUUCAAUCUAGAGUGUUCUCUUAUUUCAUCUGGGUUGUUGUGGAAGUAUCGGAAUCUCCAACUGGGGAGACUCAAAUACCUCGCUAUCGUGGUAGAUAGCAGAGAAGCUAAGAAUACCGUGAAGAUCAAUCAGCUGUUAUAUUGGCUCAAAACUCUUGGUGUGAAGUAUGUGUGUCUCUAUGACAUUGACGGAGUGCUGAAGAAAUUGUUUGCACCUGGUAUGAAUGGCUCAAGAGAUAACAACCCCGGAGAUUAUUUGGAUGCCAGUGCAAAUAUCAAAGCCUUAGAUUGUUGUCAGAAACAGAUGACGAUAGAGUGUAUUUCUGGUUCUGAUGGCAAAGAGGGCAUUGCUAAAGCAGCCAACUUACUUUGCUCCAGUUAUUUAAACGGUGAUAGCUAUACUCAAGAAUAUGUCAAAAGUGAAGAGAAUGUCAAAAGUGAAGAGAAUGUCGAAAAUGAGCCAGUAUUUACAGAAACUGACAUGGCCAGCGCACUGAAAUCCAUAGGUUGUGCUGGACCAGAACCUGAUCUUCUACUUGUGUAUGGUCCUGCCAGAUGCCAUUUAGGCUUUCCUACAUGGAGAUUGCGGUAUACUGAGAUUAUGCAUAUGGGACCUCUGAAAUCAAUGAAAUACGGCGCCAUUGUGAAAGCCUUCCAUAACUACUCAAAGAAACACCAAAACUAUGGUAAAUGAGAGCUGAUACUUGUAUACUGAAGACCAGGCUGUUGUGUAGAAAAGCACUCCUGGAACUGGAAGCUUGACAACUGUUUUGCCUUUCUGUUCGUGAUUAUACUAGUAGAGGUUAGUUAAGAUCAAGUCGCAGAUACCCAUGUUGUAAUAUCUUUUGGCAAGAUUAGAAGUGUUAUUGAUAGAACAUACGGGAAUGGAUCCCAUUGUAAAGCUUGCCUGGUCAUGAAGAUUAAUGAACCUGCUCUUGAGCGAGCACAUAUGGAUUGAUAUCAGCAAUGUUAUGCACCCAAAUCA